AGAUAUAAGGUUUCAUACAUUCAGAUGCAAUAAUGCAAUCUACUAAGAAUAAACAAAACCUUAAUGUGUUAGAAAAAGAGGAAUGUAAAGAUGUUAAGAAAAAUGACACAAAGCGAGCUGAGUCUGAAGAUAAAAAUCCAGAAGAAAAGGAGAGUAUUGUGAUGCCUGGCAAAGUGAAGGACGAGAAGGACAAAGUAAUGGAGAAACAGACAAGCUCAGAAAAAGACAGUAUCGUGUUAAAGAGUGAAGAGAGUGAACUCAGUAACUCGUCUUUCAAACAUAUUAGUGAGGAAAAAUUAAGUGUUAUAGAGCACUUAAAAGAUAAUCAUGUAGCGAUUGAAAAAUUACACGAUGUGUUCAAAAAGCAUGAUGCACGUGUUGAUACAAUGGAUGAAAAGAUUGAAGUUCACGCAAAGAAACUAUAUGAAAUAGUGAAUGCAUACUCCACAAAACACGAAAAACAAUGUCAACAGAUGUACGAAAAGAUAAAACAGAUGAUUGAAAAAACCACAAAGCAACACCAGCAAGAAGUGAGUCGAAAGUUUACGCUAGAACACGAUACAAUUCAAAAAGUGUUAUCAGCAAACGAGAAGAGUACACAACAGUGUUCUGAACAAGAGGAGGACAUUAGAAAACGGCAGAAUCAGUUAGCAGAUAAGAUUGAUAGUAUUGAUGCAAAAUUUAGUAAAAGCAUUGAUGGUAUGCAAAACAAACUGGAAGCCAUGGAAAUGAAUUUAAACAAAGUUCUAAAGCUGCUAACUCAUAUGAACACAUCCAAAACUAUACAGCAUGAAGAAGGAACGCAGACCAGUUCCUCUCAUCAACCGCUACCAGCUCCUGGAACACCCAUGCAGGUUACUGCAGAUGAUACUCAGAGACCAAUAGGGACAACAAUUAUCUUGACACUUGGUUCUAUCACUGAAGUACAGCCUGGCAGUCAGAUUAACUUGGCUAGUGAAUCUGAAGUAAGAUCAAGAGAAGAAUAUGAAGAACUCAAACUAAGAGAACACCCAAGGCCUCAUAAGGCUGUGAGGAUCAUACUUGAUUGUGAUGUACAUAUAUCAUCCCAGUUAUUAAAAUCACUGCAUCGACAUGAAGAGUUGAACUCAGAGAAAUAUAACCAACUGAAGACUAUUCUACACACUACUAAAAUAAAAAUCGACUAUGGCUGCGUGAUUCUACAACCUUACCCGAAGACUACAGUGGAUGCAAAUAAUUUACUACUUGAUCUGAAAAAUAGUAAAACUGCAUCCAAACUGAGAGAACUACUCCUAACAGAUGAAGUACUUGGAGAUGUUAGAGAACCAACUUUAGAUGUAGUGAUUGUUGAACAAGAUUUCGUGGAUGUCAUUGAUGAAUUGGAAAUUGGAAAGGGGCAAAGAAGAGAAAAUACAGUGAGAUUGGUUCUGGAUGGGACUGAUGAAGAAUCACUUGAUACACUUUCUGAACACUUUGAACAGCUGACUACUGAACAGUUGACGAGUCAGCUUGGAUGCAAAAUUACUGACAUUCGUAAAGGCUGUAUACUGCUGGAUCUAGAAAUAGAAAGUGAAGAACAAGCACAGGAAUUAUUGAAGAAACUGAAAAGUGGAGAGUUAUUGAAAAUACUAAAAAACAUUGCUGAACCUGUGAUUGGUGAUACUGACAAACUAAAGGUGGAAUAUUUUGAAGAAGAUUUUCAACAAGUUAUCACGGAAAUCGAUUCAAGAAGUGAACUUGGUGCUUCAACAUCGCUGAUAACAGGACUUGCACCACCACCUGUUGAUCCAUUCAUUGGUCGUGACGUUCUUCUGGAGAAUAUCCAUAAAUCGUACAAGAGAUGUAAACAAGAUAUUGUGGAAGAUGUCUCCAAAGACAACUUGGUCUUGACAGGUGCUGAUGGAUCUGGUAAAACUCAAAUAGCCAUCAACUAUGUUCACCGCUACCAUAUGGAGUACCCUGCUGGUAGAUACUGGAUAAAUGCCUCAACUUUGACCUCACUGGAUCAUGGAUUUCAUUACAUGUUUAAACAUCUCGACUUGAAAUUAAAUUCACCCACUGAAGAAAGUACUCACAUUGCCAGAGAGAUGAAAAAAAAAGUCUUGGAAUGGUUGGACUGCAAUCCUGGUUGGCUUAUUAUCUUAGAUGAUAUUACAGAUUAUGAACUCAUCAAGCACUACUUUCCCACAUUUCCAAGUAAAGGUCACAUUAUCAUAACAUCUAGGUCAUCUGGUUUCCAUGGAGACACAUCACAACAUUAUGAUGAAAUCGCAGUUCCUCGCUUGUCAAAUGCUGCAUCUCAGAAACUGAUGUUGUGUACUCAAGGAGUCACUCCGGUCGAUGUGUUCAUCACAAUCAGAGAGAUGCAAGAAUAUGACAAAAAGAAUUACAAAUCUUUCUGUAGAAUUGUGGAUUCCUUAAAAGGCCAGCCUCUAGCUUUAAGCAUAACUGGUUCCCUCAUCAAAUCAAAAAAACAAUCAUAUCUUGAAUAUGAAGAAAGUGAAAAGCAGAGUAUCUUGGUUACUGAUCAUAAAGCCCAUGGAGUUUCUAUUGAUGAAGUGGUGGAAGAUGUAAAAGGUCAAAAGAACCACAAAACAGGUGAUGCAUUAGAAGUAAAUACACCUAAUAAUGAAAUGCAACUGAUUUCCGAAUGGAAACUUAACAAUGUCUGGCCCUCAAAACUUGAAUCAAUUGGAAGAUUGAAACCAGCUGCACUGUCUGUUCUGCAGUUUUCAUCUUUCAUGUCAGAUGUCAUAUCUGUGGACAUUGUGAAAAGAGGACUACUACUUUUGAAGACGAACAAUACAACAAAAUUGCAGCUAGAACCAAAAGAGGAAUUAGUAGAAGAAGUGCUUGGUAUUUUACAAUACCAUAACUUGGCAUUGCUGUCGAGAAAUGUUGAACAUUCGUCAUUCAGUAUCCCCAAAGCUGUGCAACUCCAGGUGAGAGGGACCCUAAAAAUGAACUUUUGUGACUAUAUGCGGGCUUUGAACAUGGCUACAUUAGUGUUGACAAAAGCUUACCUGGAAGAAUAUGAACCAGUAUUACAGCUCUUGUCUCCAGAAGAAGAAAAUCUUGUUCUUCACGUUACUGAAUUGCAAACACAUUUCACCUAUUCAUUAAUAAAGAAAGUGCAACAAGAUGACGUAAAGUUUGAAGAUCCUGUGCGAUUACUUGAUAGCAUCGGAUACUAUCUCAGAGUCAUUAAACAAAGACCAAGAUCAGCUUUACCAGUGUGCGAGACUUCAUUCAGAAUAUCCCAAAUGAUGCUGAGCCCACUGAGUGAUGAAGACAGUAGAAAGAAACUAUCUGAUGCUUACUAUACGAUUGCAAAUGUAUAUAUCAGUCUGGGUAAAAUAAGCAAAUCUCUCCAAUACCAAGACAAAGGCAAGAAGUUGUUAGAGAACAGUUCAGACAAUAAUGAUGAUGUUUUGCCAAAAAUUGCCAUGGGUGAUUUCCAAGUCCAGAAGUGUGAAGAUCAGACAACUUUGAAAGACAAUGAUAAAGAACAUGAAAUCAGUAAUGAUGAUGUUUUGCCGAAAAUUGCCAUCGAUGAUUUCCAAGCUCUAAAGUGUAAAGUUCAGGCACCUUUAAAAGACAAUGAUACACAGCAUACAAUCAAUAUUAAUGUUCCAUCGAAACUAUAUAAACACAAGGACAUAACACGUCUAUGGAUUAUCAUCAAUUCACCUUACUCUGGCAUAUCAUUGAAUCAUGAAAAUACAUUGGGAACUAGUAAGCCACUCAUUUCAAAAGUAGUGCCUGACAAUGUGUUUGAAUCAGUGGCAUGCAUAUAUUCAUUACAGCCCACUGUUAAAAUAAAAACUCCUCAUCAAUUAUUGCGCACCAUCAAGAAAUCAGGAGAUCCUAUUUUAAUUCAGUACAACAGUAUAAUUGUGUGA